AAUGUGCAUCGUCAGCCAGUCCAUUACAGGGGUGGCUAGCAGGAGGACCAUCAUCAGUCUGACUGAGCACCACUGUCAUCAGAUCGAUUGGUGCAAGCGGGGAGAAUGGAGUACUACUGGAUAUGCCUGUGGAGCGUCUUGGGGCUGGGUCUGUGUGUUCCUGAUGAUGAACACUAUACUCUUCAUCUGAAACCUCUCAACUUUGACAAAGCUUUAGAAGCCUGUCUGCCUGCCAGUUUCCUAACUAAAGUGGCCAGUAUGGAGGAAGCCAUGAAGAUUUUGAAAGUCAUCGCGAACAUGCCAUCCACAGAAGGUACAUUUGAGUUUUGGGUGGGUUUGAGGAAAGAAAAGUUGGAUUGUGUGAAAAAUGACACACCUCUGAAAGGUUUUAAAUGGACAGUGGAUAGCAGCAGUGACACAAAACUGGAUCAGUGGAAGUCUUUGCCCAAACCAACCUGCACGGUUAUACACUGUGUAUUUCUCUCCGGUGAGUUUAAUGGAACUGAGAUAGUGAACUGGGGGUUUGUUCCCAGUACCUGUAAGACAAAUCGUCCAUUCAUUUGUAAACAACGUGAUGGAAAGAUGCCUUUCAUGGACCAGUGUCUUACCCCACACAUACUGGAGGCCCGGUCACUCAGGCCAGACCCAAAUAAUCCUCAUAAACUGGAUCUAGAAUGUUCGUCUGGGCAAUUGUUUAAACUGACUUGCUCUGCAAUGACUCUGAAAUGGAAACGUGAUGAUGGAUCGGCUAUAGAUGGCAUUUGUGCUUCGUGCAAAGCAGGUUAUGUGAGAGAUGGGUCUGGAAACUGUGUGGACAAUGAUGAAUGCAGAGGUCAGCCCUGCAAAGGCCAGUGUGUCAACACUGAGGGUUCUUACCUCUGUAAAUGCCGUGAUAAAAAUGGAAAUCUUCAAGACGAAGGCUCAGUGUCAUGCAAUGAACUACCAGUAGCUACCUUUACUCCUGAAGGAAGUGACACCUAUUUGGUCCAAGACCACACUCCCACUUCCAAGCCAACAAUUCAGGAUGGGUCUAUUGAGAUAGUGGACAAGAGUGGAGAACAAGCCAAAAUCUUCAUACCUGUGCUGAUAGCAGUAAUGACCUUGGUCGUUCUGGUGGUCGUGGUGUUGGCUACUGUGAAGUGCUGUCUCAGGAGGCGAUCACAGAAGCUGGCCAUGAAAACUACAGAGAAAAUGGCAAUAAAGAGGGCAGAGGCCUCGAAGGAAAAAUACUCCCUGGAAAACACAAAUGAGAAGGAGGCAACUUAAGCAGAAGUGUGAACGGAGGUCACAGCAGACUCAGACAACCUGAAGAUUUAAACUGACAAUAUAUAAGACUUAUUUCAGUUCAUACUCAUCACUACCUUACAGUUAGUUGUCAAUAAGCACUUGAAUAAAAUUUCUUCAUAGAAAGGAUUGACCACUACUUAGACAAUACAAUGUUAAUUUUCACUGCAUUAGUGAAAAUGAAAGCUUUGGAUAUUAUUUUAUUUUGAGGAUUUGUAUGUGGGCUCACAUUUCUUCAUAGUACUUGCUAGGUCUUUAUGUUUAUUUACUUACUUAACUUGUGUACUGGUGUAUAUACUGUAUGUGGUUUGUGUGUAAGGCAUAUGAAGAUUAAUUUGAUGCUUCAGUAUUUUGGAAGUUUCUAGUCCUGAUAUAAAGGAUCACAGUCUCUGCCCAUGGCUUAAAAUGUUGAGCCCAUAUUAACCUAGCUAGUUCUUUCUCAGAUCAAAAGAAAGACCCUAUCUUGUCAAUAGAUCAACUGAUUUUAAAAGCAAUGAUUUUAUUAUAAUUGAAAAUAAAGGUUGAAUGAAUUAUGAGCAAA